ACUCUCUCAGAAACAGAGUGGACCUCUCACACUGAAGAAGCAUCAGCUCCACCUCCUCAUAUAGAAUCCCCAAAGCUCUAAGCAUCGUCACCAAAACGUCGUCGUAUUACAGAUGGCACCGGAUUCUAACUUCUCCGACGGAAUCGACUCCGGCAACUCACUCCAGGCCAUCCGCUACAACCGCGGCUCGCUUCAACUACUCGAUCAGACAAAGCUCCCCCUGCACAGUACGUACUUGAAUAUCCGGGACUCCACUGAUGGAUGGCAUGCGAUUAAAGAUAUGGUGGUGCGGGGAGCGCCGGCGAUUGCUAUAGCGGCGGCGCUGUCGUUGGCGGUGGAGGUGUUCAAUUUGGGGGAUUUUAACGGAACACCGGACGAAGCUUCUUCUUUCAUUAUAAUGAAGCUGGAGUAUUUAGUGUCCAGCCGGCCUACGGCGGUGAACCUUUCGGAUGCUGCAACUAAAUUGAAGCAGAUUGUGGCCAAGGUCGCCGCGAGUGCUUCAGAGUACAAGAGUGUGUUUGAGGCAUACAUUGAAGCUUCUGAAGUCAUGCUCAAGGAAGAUGUUGAUACAAACAAAGCUAUUGGAUCUCAUGGAGCGACUUUUAUCCAGCGUCACCUUGAGAACAGUAAGAGGAUUUGUAUGUUGACACAUUGCAACACUGGCAGCCUUGCAACGGCUGGUUAUGGUACUGCUCUUGGUGUUAUACGUUCACUUCAUACAGAAGGAGUUUUAGAAAGGGCUUAUUGUACAGAGACACGCCCAUUCAACCAAGGAUCAAGACUCACAGCGUAUGAGUUGGUGCAUGACAACAUACCUGCCACUCUUAUAGCAGAUUCGGCUGCAGCUGCAUUAAUGAAGGAUGGAAAGGUGAAUGCCAUUGUUGUUGGAGCAGAUCGUGUGGCGUCGAAUGGUGACACUGCUAACAAGAUAGGUACCUACAGUCUUGCCGUCAGUGCAAAGUACCAUAACAUACCAUUCUUUGUGGCUGCACCGCUGACUUCUGUUGACUUGUCUCUUUCUUCUGGAGGAGAGAUAGUAAUAGAGGAAAGAUCCCCGAAGGAAUUGUUGAACACACAUGGAGGACUCGGGGAACAAGUUGCUGCAUCCGGAAUCUCUGUCUGGAACCCAGCCUUUGACGUCACUCCUGCUAGCUUAAUAUAUGGCAUCAUAACAGAAAAGGGUGUCAUCACAAAAAAGGGCACUGAUGCUUUUGACAUAAAGGGUUUUGUUCAAAAUGCCUGAUCGGAUCAGACUAUAUACAUAGCUAGUUAUUGCCGCGUAGCAUAAUCUGGAUGAAAAGAGAUCUAUGUGCUUGCGAGGAUCAUCAGUCCUUCUCCCUAGUGAGGCCAAGUUUUCUAUCUUAUCGUGGAUAUAAUAAAGAGGAAAGAACAUACCAGUAAAUUGAUGGUUAAUUUACUUGGGCAUAUAUCCAUGAGUGUGAUUGUUGUUACUUUUCUGUUGUAAUAUCAUCUGAGUAUGGUAUAAUGUGUAGCUGACCUGAGGUACCUGAACCUGGGCAAAUAAUCCAAGUUUAUCAUCGAACUAAUUUCAAGGAUGACACUUCCAUUUUCUUUUGCAAUUAACAUUUUUAGAUGCAAUAAAUUAAGAAACAUC